AUGGACACUACGCUGAACGUUAUUUUGGAAUACACGGAAAUCAAAGAUUCAAAGCUUGAUCCUGAGUUAAUUCGUGAUAAAAAACACGAAUAUAGUGUAAUUCCAAGAAACGAAAUGCAUAAAAAUGGCCACCAGAUUCAUGAUUUUACAGGAACACCAGCUACUACUAUUUUGUCGCCUCAACAUGUAAUUCCAUUGGAGAAAAUGUUUGCAGCUUGUUGUGGAGCUUUGCUGACUUCCCUUUUCACAACUCCCUUCGAUCUCGUCAAAACUCGAUUACAAUCCCAGAGUCUUUACAAAGGUUCGACCGUUUCAAACACAAAAUCAUAUUCUUCCCUCACGUCAUGUUGUCAGGAAGUCUUUUAUUCCACACCAAAUAUGCAUCGGGAGUUCUUUUGUCACUCAUUAGAUCCACGUAUGCCAAAACAGUCCUCAACACUGAGUUGCGCUGUUACAGAUGCUAUGAUGCCUAGUAAAAUCGCUGCCGGACGUCAGUUUAAUGAGUUAAACGGAUUUAUGGAUGGCAUUGUUAAAAUCGUUCGUUAUGAAGGGGUCACAUCAUUAUGGCGAGGACUUUCACCUGGAGUAGUAAUGUCUGUUCCCUUGACGGUAGUCUAUUUUGUUGGAUAUGAUUCUAUUAGAGAUUCAUUAUGGAAACAUUGGAAAGGGAAAUACUCUGAAACAUAUUCACCGCUAGUGGCUGGAACCCUUGCAAGGACAUUUUCGGUUUCAGUAAUAUCACCAAUAGAAUUACUUAGAACCAGGAUGCAAAGUCCAGAAGGUAUAAAUGGUUUAAAAGAUGUUAUGAAGGGUGUGCGAGAGAUGGUCAGAAGAAAUGGUGUCACAUCAUUAUGGCGAGGUUUAGAACCUACGUUAUGGCGAGAUGUUCCAUUUUCAGCCAUAUACUGGACAGGUUAUGAAUCAAUAAAAAGAAACUAUACUAAUUAUCUGCGAAACAAAAGUAUCGAUGGAAAUAUAAAUAAUUUUUCCGUUGCCUUUGUGAGCGGUGCUACUUCUGGCAUGAUUGCAGCAACAUUAACAACUCCUUUUGAUGUGGCAAAAACUCAACGACAAGUUGCUUCAAAUUCAAUGAAAAAUCCAAGCAUGGUCAAAGUUAUGCAAAGAAUAUUUCAUGAGGAAGGAUAUCGAGGGUUAUUCAGAGGUGGAACUUUGCGAAUAGCCAAAGUUGCAGUAAGCUGUGCCCUUAUGAUAUCAACUUAUGAAUCACUAUCCAAGUUUUUUGCAAUAAAUGCUUUUCUUGAGAAACAAGGACUCAGUUUGCCCAAACCGUUUAAAACAGGAACCACGAUCGUCGGAAUAGUUUACAAGAAUGGUGUUAUUCUUGGAGCAGAUACGCGUUCAACUAAUGGACCGAUCGUAGCAAAUAAGAAUUGUGAAAAGAUUCAUUAUCUUGCACCCAACAUGUAUUGCGGUGGAGCCGGUACAGCAGCUGAUACCGAAAAUGCUACCGCAUUAAUCAGUUCUCAAUUGGAAUUGCAUCGAUUGGCGACCGGAAGGCAAGCUCGCAUUAUAACUGCGGUGACAAUGUUAAAACAAAUGCUUUUUAGCACAGAUAAAUUACCUUUCGUGGCCAUGGGUAGUGGUUCAUUGGCGGCUAUGUCUAUACUUGAAAGUAGAUGGACCAAAGAUUUGGAGCGGGAUGAUGCCAUUGAAUUAGUCAAGGAUGCUAUUGAAGCCGGUAUUUUUAAUGAUCUUGGAUCCGGUUCAAAUGUAGAUGUUAAUAUAAUUGAGAAAGAUAAAGUAGAAGUCUUGAGAAAUUAUGCUAAACCCAAUGAACGAGCACAUAAAGAACAAACUUACAAAUAUAAGAGAGGAACAACCGCAUAUCUCAAGGAAACUGUUAGAGAGUUUAUCGUUACGGAAGGUGAUGCUAUGGAUAUUUCAUAA